AUGUCUGGUUCCCAAGCUGGUAACCAGCUCAGCAUCGAUCGCUACGUUGUGAUCCACGUCGCAACCACCUGCGAUGAGCAUGGAGUUUACGUCACCAAGGACUCGGCCGAGGUUAUUGAGCUCGGUUGGAUUCUCCUCGACGCCAAGUCUCUGGAGGAGAUCACCCGCGAGAGCGUUCUUGUCAAACCCAUCAACACUCCGAUCACACCCCUGUGCACGAGCUUGACGACCUUGACCUGGGAACAUGUCCGUAACGCUGGUACAUUCCGCGAUGCCAUUAACCGAUUCGACACGUUUGCCAACGAACACUUGACCUCGCAAAACCUCGAUUUCGUCUUCGUUACCCUCGAUGCUUGGGACCUUCGCGUCCAGUUGCCCCGAGAGGCCCGCGACAAAGCUGUUGUCUUGCCCCCGUACCUUCAGCACUCCCGCACUUUCGAUUUGCGAACCGAAUACCAGCGAUGGCAGCAGCACCACCCCGAAUCGUUGCCUUUUGGGCCCUCAAUGCUGUCCAAUAUCUGUGCCGCCUUGGAGGUGGAGCCGGUCCAGUCCAGUGCUCCAAUCAAGCACAACCUGCCUUUCCACCUUCAGGCGCUGGCUCCUGCGUCCCCUCGCCGGGCCAUGGAGGAGGCCGUCACUCUCGCCCGCGUUCUGCGAGGCCUAAUCCGCAAGUCGCAGCCUUCCCAUGAGCAUCCCGACGUCUUGACGAGACCAAUGGACGCCCGCGCCGAUGUGCGAGCUUUCUUGUCGGAGCGCAGCAAGGUCCUCCACAUGUCUGGCCUGCCCCAUGACACCACUCAAUCCGAGCUCGAGAGCUGGUUCACUCAGUUUGGCGGUCGUCCCAUUGCGUUCUGGACCCUCCGUACCCCUGAGCAGCACAAGCCCACGGGUAGCGGCUUCGCCGUGUUUUCUUCCCACGAGGAAGCCGCUGAGAGUCUGUGCAUGAACGGUCGUGCACUUAAUGAGAAGGCGAUCGAGGUGUCUCCGUCUUCCAGCCGCAACCGCCCUCGCCCUGGCGACUGGACUUGCCCUUCAUGUGGCUUCUCGAACUUCCAGCGGCGAACUGCCUGUUUCCGCUGCUCAUUCCCGGCUGUGAGUGCCGGACCUACCGGUGACAUGGGUUACGGGUACGGAUACGGACCACCGGCCAUGAUGCCUCCCCCUCAGCACCACCACGGACACAUGGGUCACGGUGGCGGUCGCAUGGGUGGCAGCGGCGUCGUGCCAUUCCGCGCUGGAGAUUGGAAAUGUGGCAAUGAGGUCUGCGGUUACCACAACUUUGCUAAGAACGUAUGCUGUCUUCGAUGCGGCGCCAGCCGUGCUGGUGCCGCCGUCGUCGCUGACUCUGGUGGCUACCCUUCCCCCAUGGACCCUCCCUCCAACUACAGCAUGAGCCAGGGCUCCAUGAGCGGCACCCCCGGGCCUGGCCCCUUUGCCUCGGCCGGUGGUAACUUUGCCUCUCAGGGCGGCGGUUACGGCGGUCAGCAGCACUUCGGUGGCCCGCCCAGCACCUACGCCCUUCCCUCGGGCAUUGGUGGCGGAGCUGCUCCUUACCCCUCCUCCCUCAACACGCACGGUUUCGGACCGGCCCCUGGAUCCCACUCCGCCGGUCCUUUUGACAGCCGCGCGGCUGAGGCUGCUUUCCAGUCGGCCUCCAACGGCCCCGCAUCCGCCGGCCCUUCGAACAACUUUUACUCGCAAAACGAAAACGAUCCCUUUGCGUUCCUUUCCAGCGGCAUUGGUGGUCUGUCCGUCAGCGGCGGCGAUGCCCGCCAGAACGGAGGAGCUGCGCCCCCGAGCAAGUCUCCUGCUUAA